AGCGUCCAUGAUCCCAACUUAACCAUGAAGCAUAUCUGCAAACUGGUAAACUCACACUACUGUAGACAUCCAGGAUGAGUGCAAUCAGCAACCUGACACAGCAAGCAGCCUUGGAAAGCAGCAGCCUCUACAAUGGAUCGAAGGGGUCUUACAAUGGGAGCAGCGGUUACCAGAACCCCUUCUCACCCACUAUGGACAAAGCCAUCAAUGGCUUCACCAUCAUCAUCCUCUUCAUCACAAUGGUGUCUCUUGGGUGCACGAUGGAAGUGGCCAAGAUCAAGGACCACAUCUUCAAGCCAAAGGGGGUUGCCAUUGCUGUGGUGGCCCAGUUCGGCAUCAUGCCGCUGACUGCCUUUUGCCUGGCCACCGUCUUCAAGCUGGAGCAGAUUGAGGUCCUGACUGUGUUGAUCUGUGGGUGUUGCCCAGGGGGAAACCUAUCCAACAUUUUCUCUCUGGCACUGAAGGGAGACAUGAACCUGAGUAUUGUCAUGACCACAUUCUCGACGCUCGCUGCCCUGGGAAUGAUGCCCCUCCUGCUGCUCAUCUACAGCCAGGGCUUGGGCAGUCUGCAGAACGCUGUGCCAUACACAGGCAUCACCAUCGCCCUCUUCAUGACCCUCGUUCCCUGUGGCUUCGGCAUCGCCCUCAAUCAUUACAAACCCAAAUACUCAGCUGUGGUGAUCAAGGUUGGUCUCAGCAUCUGUCUCAUUUCCUCGGUGGCCGUCGGCGUCAUGUCGGGCAUCACCAUCGGGGGGUCGGUGUGGGUGGUGCUGUCGCCACAGAUCAUGUCUGUGGCCGCACUGAUGCCGCUGACCGGCUAUACGCUCGGUUACGUCAUGUCCACCAUCUUUAAACAAAACCAUCAAUGUAGAAGGACUAUCUCCAUGGAGACAGGCUGCCAGAACAUCCAGCUGUGUGCAACCAUCUUGAAGGUGGCGUUCUCUCCUGAGGUCAUCGGCCCCCUAUAUCUCUUCCCCCUCAUCUAUAUUGUGUUCCAGGGAGGCGAAGCCCUUGUUUUCAUCCUGCUAUUCAGAUGUUACGAAGCGUUUAAGCCCAAAAUUGAGGAAAAGACAGUACAUCCAAAUGUUAACGUUAACAUGGAGGAAAUUAAAACGUAUUGAAGGAGUUUGCGGUUGGAUCUCCCAGGCUGAAGUGCUGCAGAACGAUGUGUACAGUGUGAUCAAUGGAGGGUCGAGGACAAACAGCCUCCUCCCUUCAUGUCGUUUACCUCAGGCAGUAACAUGACACGGAUAUGUGUGUCACAUGUCUAGAGACACUGCUCUUUAGUACGCAUAAAUUUAAUUUUUAUAUUGAAACAAUCUGACGAUUGUUAAAUUAAUAUUGCUAUAAAGAACUAUCUUUUAGGGUAAAUGUUUUGAAAUAAUAUAUCACAAAAUCAUUACAAAAAUAAGAUUGUGUUUAG